GUUAGCGUGCUCACGUGUCGCGUGACGUGGUUAGCGGUGUUCUGCUGGGCGCUCGAGGUCGUUCAUCUUUAGGCUAAAAUGUUUAAGUUGGAGGGACUUGGUCCAAAAAUGGACCCGGAGGAGAUGAAGAAGAGAAUGCGAGAGGACGUCGUGUCGUCUGUCCGCAACUUUGUGAUCUAUGUGGUGCUUCUUAGAGUCACGCCGUACAUUUUGAAGAAGCUGGACAGCAUAUGAAGCUGUUUGCCCCCCGGGCUGGUGCGCAUGUCCUGCCACCUGCGUGACGGAACCACGCAGCACGUAAUGUCCUCUGUCGUGUGGCCUCGUCAUCCCCGGGUGUUAAAUGGAGCUUUGCAUGGACGACGUUCUAGUUUGCGAGGGACUUUGUCACUAAGGAUGUUCUGGACCAUUCUGUGCCCUUCAUAGACUGAGCAAUAAACCCCUGAUGUGUUAAAAUUGUACAUCACAAGAAAUGUUUUUAAUAGUCAGUCAUAUGUACUUACGCAAGGGUAAUUGCAGUAGUAUGGUACAAGGUAUCUUAUGUGGCUUUGAUGUUUUUAUUUGCAAAUAUUGCAAACCUAGGAGUAAUAUUAGUCAAUUUGCAUCGAGACUGCAUACAGAUCCCAUAUUUAUUUUGAAUGGUGUAGUGUUUUAUGCUUUCAUAUAACACUAUUAUUUUUGGAUUUCUAUUAAACUCCAUUUGGGCCUCUUGUAUUUGAA